AUGGGAAAACCUGUGACUGAAAUCCCGACCACAGCUCAUCUGAUGGGGCCAUGGAUUCAAUAUAACAACAAUUUAGGCAAUGGUUUGAAUGAAUAUAGCGUUACUGUAAAGCAGGAGAAAGUGUUCAACGCUUUCACAAUUAGACCCAAAAUAUGUACGGAUUUAUCGCAAUGUUUUGAUGUCAAUGCUAUCGGAGUGAAGGCCGACACGAGUGGUCUGACCCGAGUCUAUACAUUUAAUUUCGAUGCACUCGAAGACAGAAUCACUCGCAAUAGAGACACGGAUUUUGUAAAACUAGUCUUUUUUGUCGAUUACUUUAGACCCGAAAACUUUAAACCCGAAGAAAACAUCACAUUUGACUUAAAACUAUUAAAUUUUGGCGAUCCUAUGUAUGCGCGCACUGUUAAUGAAUGGCUUAAAUGCGACAAAACUGGAACCGAUUUUACCUAUAAAUCCAAUCCGACCAUGGACAAUCCCAAUUAUUGUGUUUGUAAUGAUGGUUAUUAUGGCCCUAAGUGUGAACAACAGGCAGCGAAACCGACUGAAUUGAAAGUUGAUCCGCCAGUAAAAGAGAAUUGGGAUGAAAUGGCAUCACCUAAACCAGGCUAUAUUCCAACCAAGAAAGGAAAUCAAUUAACGUUUAAUUUUAAAAAUAUCAAUACAGAUAUGUUUGACAUUUGUUCCACAAUCGAGUAUAAUGUGAGAAAUCCAAGCGCUUUAAUGAAACUAACCGUACAAUAUUCAGAAGGUAGCGCUUCACCCGACACACCGGUCGACACAUCCACUUAUAUCGAUGAAGUGCUUAAGAAAACACCGGAAAAGGGAAAUGCGUUCACGUUUUGUGUCAGCGAUUUACGUAUUAAACCACAGAAAACAUUCUAUAUUGUAAUAACGGCUGAGUCGACCGCUCCUGAUCAAAUAUACAACGCCGAUACCUUGAUCAUCACUAAAUUUACAGCAACUCUAAUACCCAUAAAUCGACCUAGGUUUAUACAAAACGUUGACAUUAAACAUAAACAAUACUGGACUCAACAGAAAUGGCACACAAUGUCUGUCGAGAAUAAUUUUAUUCCUUCAAAGAAUAAGACUUCACACCAAUUGAAAGUCACUGUCCUUAAAACCGAAACACAACCGAUAGUAUCGUAUUUUAUUAGCGAUUGGAUUAUAGUUAGUGAUGUGAAAGAGUUUAAACCAACCAUCUCAUUUAAACUUGGAGACAAAUACACUAAUUUAAAAAUUGAACAUUCUGUUAUGGUUGAGACAAAUAAACAAAUACCAGCACAAUUUCUCGAAAUGACUUACGAUAAAAUGCAAACAACAUUCACAGACCAAGAAAUCGCUGCAAUCAUCCCAAACACUGCACAACAGAUUAAACUGUUUUUAAAAUUCACGUUAACGGCCGACACUAAUAAAGACACUUAUUUUGAUGUGACUAUCAAUUCCGUGUCGGUGUUUAAUCCGUGUCCAACUGAUUCGAAAAAAGGUUGUAGCAGUAAAGGAACAUGCACAUUCACCGACAAUGCCAGUAUUUUCCAGUGCAAGUGCACCGGUGCUCAAGGUAGAAAUUGCGAAAAAAAUAAACAAAAUAACCUGUCUUUUAUGAAAAUGUGUAACUCAUAUCCAAUGAUACCGACGUUGAAUGCGAAAAAUCCAUUUGAUAGACCAAAUUGUGAGAGGAUCGCCACUAACUGA